CGUCAAAAGUCGUCUUAUCAUUAUCACAUUGGGUGUCAACUUUAGCCCAAGGUCUUAUCACGGCCGAUUCAAGUGGUCAUGUUCAGUCAGUCGUUAUUAUAGAAAAUAUUUUAUAUUUUAAAAAAUAACUAUAUAAUCGUAAAAUGGCAGGCGUAUACAGAGCUGUUGUUAAAGUUGCUGAUAAAUUUGUACCAACCAAAUUGCGUCCUCUAUGGGAACAUGAAGCUGGUCCAAAAACUAUUUUCUUCUGGGCUCCAGCAUUUAAAUGGGGCUUGGUGAUGGCUGGGUUGGGUGACUUGAAUCGGCCUGUGGAAUCUUUGUCAUUGCCACAAUCUGUGUCACUCGCGGCUACGGGUCUCAUCUGGUCUCGUUAUUCUCUUGUCAUUAUACCAAAGAACUACAGUCUUUUUGCUGUUAAUGUUUUUGUCGCUAUUACGAACUUGUAUCAAAUAGGCAGAGCUAUCAAACAUCAACAAAAUCUUAAAAAGAAAGAAUAGACGGCAUAGAUUAUCAACUAUUACUGUAGUACCUCUACAAAAAUGACAUUGUUAGUUAGAGCAAUUAGGAAAUUAGAGAAAUAAUCUCACUGGGUAAAUAAGUUAUUUAUUUUUAUAAUUUAUACAAAGGGUUUAUAUGUAAAACUUGACGCUGAGUAUCGUAAUUUCUUUCUGUAUUAUUAUGUAAGUAUGACGAUUAGUAUUGGCAUUGUAAAGAAUGUAAUUUUUUUUUUCUAAAGUAUAUUGAAAUCCUGCCUUUUUAGCUGGGUUAAACUUAAUAAUUGAUCUUGUAAGUAAAUAAAUAAAAUAUAUGCGUAUUCAACUGUGAUAAAUAAAAAUACGUGUAAUAUAUUUCAAGGAGCCAUAUGGCGGUGAGAACAAACUUAAAAAGUACCUUAAAUUAGAUUGUAAUGAAUAUAAAGUUUCCCUUUUAUUUAAACUGUCUAUGACGUCACAGAAGACCUGCGACAGUCCGUUCUUUAAAAUGUCAAAAAAUAACUACUUUAACGUAAGUAGUUAUUUUUUAUGCAAUUUAAUAGAGAAUAAUACUAUUGCAUGUAAAAUAAAGUUAUAUUAGCAUACAACUAUAACUAGUGACGUCCAAAAGCCGGUGAAUAUUUAUAAGAAAAAUAUCGGAUCAAAUUUUUAAAGCUAUAACAUGAUUACAGCUUUAAAAAUUGGAUAUAUUUGUGACGAUAAAAUUACGAGUUCGUAAUUGAAUUGGAAACUUUCUACUUAAUACAAAUCAAUUACAAAAAUAUAAUAGACAGUUUCUUUUGAAUCUUUGCCCGUAUAUAUAUCUAUUAUAAAAUUAGGUUUUACCUGAUAUUCUUAACGAUUUAAUCGUUUGAAAAUGGCUUCCGGAUACAGUUUUGUUAUGAAAAAAAUGUUAUAUUAAAUUAUCGUUUUUGAAAAUUAUAUCGACUAUUUUUGUAAUGGCCUUUUAUCUAUUAGAUAAAUAUAUUUUUACAUUUCA